GUCCCACAUGCAUACACAUAUAUAGAUAGAAUUACAUAUGUAUGAGUAAACCAGACUGGCAAAUAAACAAUUAACUUACAUUAAAAGCAGCCAGACAAAGCCAGGCUAUGUUAAUAAAAUAGGAAAGUUUCAGAAGCCACUAAUAACUGUAAAUAAAUAGAGAAUUUUACUAAUAUAAUAAUAUAGAUUAUUAUUUAAAAAUUAUUUUAUAAUAAUUGUUGAAAUUAAAAACUAAUUUAUUUUUACUUAUAAAAACAUUUCAUCAGAAGAAGGAAAAGUUUUCUAAGAAUAUUUCCUGCUACUAAUUAUAGACAUUCGAUCAACUGAAACUUAAUCAGUGACAAAUGCAUCGAACGUCUAUUGAACCUGAAUUCACCAAAGCCGUUAUGUCAGCUUUUUUUUUUCAUUCCCAUUAAUUUUUUAUAUCGGAGUAUCGAAUUAUUCGCUCAAAAAGAAUUGUAAAUUGAGCUGCAUUUCAACAAAGCAAUUUAUGCUAAGCAUUUCAUACUUGCAGAGCUUGCAUAAAUCAUCAAGUGAUUGCAAAACCAUUUAUUGAGUAUAAAGUCCAGCUCAAGUUAAGUUAUUUAAAUAACCUCGAAAAGAUUUUUAUUUUUCCUUAAUAUUCUUUAAUAGUCUACAGGUCCCCUUUGCUUGCUCAUGUAGAUAGAUUAUAUGGAUAUGUAAUGAAAUAUGAAAGUAGAAAAGAACUGUUAGCCUGUUAACGUUGAUGCAAAAUUCAAAUUCAAAUUUUGCUGUGUCUUUUAUUGACUCUAUAAGGUUCAACUUGGCCCUGUCUAGUUACUAGUUACUAUCAUAUAUCUUAUCAGAGUGUUCAAACUCCUUACAACUAUUCUAUAUACUUCCGAAUAUCACCACAACUCUAUGACUGUAGAGAAUUUUCCAAAUGCGACGUACGGCUAUUUUUCCCAUCUCUUGACUAUAAUUUAUCAUCGAUUUUUUUGCGAACUUGUUCUGGCCGCAUUUUCUGAUGUCUGGUCUAUUAAAGAAAUGAGCUAAACAUCAUUAUUUCCGGCCGGCCGGCCAUUUGUCACUGUCAGCACGUGGCGUCGCACUCGAACCGGGCAACAGGAAUCAGUUGAACCAUGUCCGUGCUGACGGUUGCAUUGCGCGUGCUCGCGUUGUUGAGCACAAUAUUCGGCUGCAACAUCUACAGGUACAGGCCGCACAGUUGCAAGUUCCAGCGCCACAAGGGGCUGCAGAGUCUGAUCACAUUGAUGCACUACCUCUGGCUGCGUCCGUGGAUAUUCCUAGCUGGGGUUCUGUAUCUGCCUUGGUUUCUGAUGCGCCUGCUAAUGUUCAUAUCGCACAAUACUGAAGAUGACAGAGCUCUGGUAGUGAUGUACUUUUCGAGUGCCCUGCUCUGCAAGUAUCAGAAUUUGAUUGCUACCUUAUUGAUAUUGUAUAUCUACAAAUACCGCCUGAAGUGCGUUGAUAGAGUUCUAAACGGCUUUGCGGCAAUAUAUAAAAGAUAUUGUCGGCUCUAUGGCUGCGCACCGCGCAUCAACUGGUGGCUCUUUGGGGUCUAUUUGCUGGAGUUGCUCAUGGUCGGUGGCUCGGUGAUAAAGCGAAAUUCCUUUAGUCGUAUACCCUAUGUAGCGCCUCACUCUCCCAUAGAUAACUAUCUGAGUUGGUCUUCCGUGCUCUUCGUGGCUCUGCAGCCCUUUCUCCUGGGUCUCUUGGCUCACUUGGGCUUGCUGCUGCUGCACGCCUACUAUGAGAAGGAGCUGCAGUUCAUGCAGCAGCAAAAACAUCGCAGCAAUAUCAUCGCUAAGGAGCAGGUGCAACACUAUGUGAAUUUGAUCCAUUUGAGGCAUCAUUUCGAAGUGCUCUUGCGCCCCUUUGUGUGGGUGGCCUUAAGCCAGCAAAUCAACGACUGCAUGAUUAGUUUGCAUUUGUUGCUCUAUGAUCACCAUAGACUGUGUCUCCUGUUCUAUAGCCUAUGUGUUACCCUACUCUAUCCCAUGUGCUUUGUGUACCAGACAAUAUUCAUCAAGUCAGCGGAGAAACAACUUGGUAACGAAUUGCUUAGGUUCAAAAACAAUGGCAGCAAACAGCAGCAGCUACAAAUGUUUUGUCUUUACAAGCGGAUUUUAUGUUACGUCUGGACAGAUAGCUCCUUUGAUAUAUUCAAUCUGAAUCGCAGUCAUAUCCUUGAGGGCAUGACGUAUAGCUGGAUCUGGGCCAUGUUUACCAAUAGCCUUCUGGUUAACUCACCCCAGGCUUGGCAGCAACACUAUGAAUACAUUAAGCAACAAACCCAUUAUUAAAUAUUAUUAAUAAAAAAAAAAUCAUUGAUACAAAA